AUGUUCGGCACCCCUCUUCUACUACUGCUCCCAUUGACCACCUCGGUGCUCUCCAAGACAAGUGAUGCGGAAUACAACAAGAUCUGCCCAAGAGGUGAUGAUCUGGUGACGCUGCCAUCGGGAAACAAGAUUAGAUACCUUUGCGAUGACUGUUUAAUUGACCCGGUCGCCGAACCUAGAUCUGCAAAAACAAUCGAAGAAUGUGCCGAUAUUUGCAGCACCGAAGAUUGCAAGGCAACUAUUUGGGACAAUGGACGAUGCUUCUCUAGCAAGCUGACAUAUAUUGGACCAUCCCCGGGAAAUUCCCCAGGCUGCAUCUGGAUGACAUCCCAGACAUGCCUCGACAGUAAGGACGAUUGCGCUAAAUGUGUAAAUGAUAAAGAGGAAUGUGAGAAUCAGAAACGCAAGUGCGAAGAUGCCCUUGCAAAAUGCAAGCCUGGUGAUGACGAGUGCGAGAAGAAGGCCCGCAAGUGCCAAAAUGAUCUUGCUACCUGUGAGGACGACAAGGCCAAGGCUGAGAAGAAAGAGCGCAAAUGUCAAGAUGACCUUACUACCUGUGAGGACGGAAAGAAUGACUUGGAGAAGGAGAAGCGCAAGUGCGAAACCGCUCUUGCGAGCUGCAAGCCUGGUGACGAGGAGUGUGAGAAGAAGGCCCGCAAGUGCCGAGACGACCUUAUUACCUGUGAAGAUGACAAGGACAGGUCUGAGAAGAAAGAGCGUAAAUGUCAAAAGGAGCUUCUUACAUGCGAGGAUGAGAAGAACGAGUGUGAGAAGAACGAGCGCAAGUGCCAAGCCGACCUGCAGGAUUCCCAAAAGAAAGCCAGCGACCUUCAGAAGUCGGUUGAUCAAUGUGGUAAUGACCUGGACAAAUGCAAGAAUUCAGGCUCUUCCUGGGGAAAGACAGAUGGAGAGAUCAAGUGCAAGUCUGGUUCGUUGACCACCGCUACUCUCAACGGAAAUAAAUGGUACACCUUGUGUGGUUUUAUUAUCAAUGAUGUGAAAGGGGGUGUACGUGGUUUGACUUUGAAACAAUGUGUGGAAAGCUGCUCCGAGGACGACAAGUUGACUAUUACCACACUGUCCUGCGUCUUACCUGAACCACAGGCGCAUAUUCCGUUCAAGCACACUGUCAAUUGGACUGGGGCCACACCCAUAUACCGCUCACUAUAUACACAGCUGCAAUAUGAUGAAUCGUACUGCACUCUUGGCACCUAG